AUAUCCGUGGGUUAAAGAUCCAAAGUAUCUCCCUAACAAUGUGAACGCAGCAAUGUAUCGAUUGAGAUCCACAGAAAGACGUUUGGAAAGAGCAGGACCAGAUUACAGUAAAGCAUAUGGUGACCAGAUUAUGGAUAUGGUGGAAAGGAGCGUGGCAAGAAAAUUAACCGAUGAAGAGAUGGAUACAUACGAUGGGCCUAUUCACUACAUUCCACACCACGAGGUCUUAAAACCAAAUUCCAAAUCAACACCUGUGCGGAUCGUAUUUGAUUCAUCAUCGUCGUAUAUGGGUCAUGUAUUGAAUGAAUAUUGGGCAAAGGGACCAAAUGUUCUGAAUGACCUUUUAGGGGUCAUCAUCAGAUUUAGACAAAGGAAAAUAGCUAUUGCAGGAGACAUCACCAAGAUGUAUAAUGCAAUCAAACUAUCUGAAAGAGAUCAGCAUACACACAGAUUUGUAUGGAGAGACUUGCAGUUAGACAAACUACCUGAUCAAUAUGUAUUAACAUCAGUGACAUUUGGAGACAGACCCAGCGGAGCAAUUUCCACUAUGGCCUUGCGGAUGACAGCAGAAAUGCAUCAAACUGAAUACCCAAAGGCAGCAGAAUUAGUCAUUAAAAACAGUUAUGUGGAUGACUUACUUAUCUCAGUGAAUACUGUUUGUGAGGCCAAGGAAAUAAUUCAGGAUACUGAAAUGAUGUUAAGUCAUGGAGGAUUUCGCGUUAAACAUUGGAUAAUCUCUGGUGAUCAAAGUGAGCAUUUUACAGGAAUGAAUGUGUUGUGUGCAGAACAGGAAAACAUUCUUGGAAUGUGUUGGUUACCCAAAGAUGACGUUUGGACAUUCAAGGCAAAAUUGAACUUUUCGUCGAAAAGACGUGGAAUACAUUUAGAAGAUGAUCUCAAGGAAGAACAAUUGCAUCUUAUUCCUGAUAAUUUAACUCACAGGAUGGUCCUUAGUCAGGUAGCAGGCAUUUAUGAUCCUCUAGGACUUAUUGCUUCAUACGUAUUAUAUGCGAAAAUUCUCAUGAGAAGCAUGUGUUCCAAAGAAAUUCAGAAUGGAUGGGAUGAACCUAUGAAUGAAGAAAUCAGGGUUAAAUGGAUGCAAUUCUUUAGGGGAUUGUAUGAAUUACAAUCAAUAACAUUCAAAAGAUGUAUUAUGCCAGAAAACGCGGAAGGUGAUCCAAUUCUUGUCAUAUUCUCAGAUGGAAGUCAACAAGCCUACGGUGCAUGUGCCUACAUUAGAUGGCAUACUAACGACAACACAUAUGAAUCAAAUCUAGUUAUCGCAAAAAAUCGAAUUGCACCAGCGAAGCAGUUGUCAACUCCUCGUCUCGAAUUGUGUGGAGCAGUGCUUGCAUCUAGACUUCAUCAAAAACUUGUGACAGAACUGGACUUUAGAUUCAGCAAGAUUGUACAUAUCGUUGAUUCGAUGAUUGUCAGAGCACAAAUACGAGAGAGCUAUGGUUUUGGAACAUUUGUGGCAACACGGGUUGCUGAAAUACAAAGCAAAACGGAUCCUACUGAGUGGUGGUGGGUUCAAGGAGAUCAGAAUCCUGCAGACAUGACUACAAGGGUUGCAUCAGCAAGUGCUCUAGGGGCUAAUUCCAAGUGGCAAAGGGGUCCAGAUUUCUUAAAGAUGCCGUUCGAAUUAUGGCCAAUAACUCAAGAAACUACCCUGGAUAGUGAUCAGAUACCUAAUGUUGUUGGAAUAACCAUGUCGAUCACAUCUGAUGAUUGCUCAACUAUUAGUGACAUUGCCAUUGAUAUUGAUCGGUUCGCCGGUUUGAAGAAACUACUUGGAGUUACCAGCAUUGUCUUAUCCAUAUUUAAAUGGAAGACUUUUAAGGGCAUUUGUGACAAGAUCACUAUGGAGACAUUAAUUGAAGCAGAGAUGAGUUGGGUUAAGCAUGCACAGAAAGAUUUACCAAAGGACUGGAUGAAGAAGUUUCAAAGACUUGGACCAUUCCUUAAUCAAGAUGGAGUUGUGUGUGUUGGACAACGAAUGGCUGAGUGGAUCAAACAAUCAUGGAAUCAAAGAGAAUUUGUUUGUUACCAAGAAAGGGACGUUUUACCGAGUUAGUUGUUCGCAGUGUUCACAGUGAAGAUCAUGCAGGAUUGGAAGUGACAUUAGCAAAGAUGCGAAGUAAAUACUGGAUUCCUGGAGUUCACAAAAUCAUUAAACGAGUUAAGGAGAAUUGUGUGGUAUGCAGAAAGCGGGAUAAGGUGUUAGUGCAACAACAAAUGGGUGUCUUACCUUCUUUUAGACUGAGCCCAGCACCUCCAUUCUACAACUGUGCCGUUGACAUGUUCGGACCAUAUACCAUACGUGACACAGUCAAGAAGCGGACACACGGAAAGGCAUAUGGUGUAUUGUUUAACUGUCUUAACUGCAGAGGUGUUUAUGUUGACCUGGCUGAAGGUUACGACACGGGAAGUUUCCUUGUUGUGUUCAGGAGAUUCAUAUCUCUUCGUGGCAACCCGAAACGAAUGAUUUCUGAUGCAGGCACACAAUUAGUAGCUGCGGGAAAGGAACUAAAGAAGUAUGGAAUAGAAUGGAAUGUCAUUAAAUCUGCGGAUGCACCGUGGGAAAAUGGGUGCAGUGAAUCGUUGAUCAAGUCUGUGAAGAGGUGUCUUGAAAUUGCUGUUGGUGAUUCGAUUUUGACAUUUUCGGAAUUGCAAGCUGUGUUUUUUGAGGUUGCAAAUUUGGUGAAUGAGAGACCUAUUGGAACCAAGGUGUGUGAUCCAAAUGAAGGAACGUACUUAUGCCCAAAUGACUUGUUAUUGGGUAGAUCCAGUGCACGAGUUCCUCAGAUUGAAAUGGAUGAACGUUGCAACCCACGGCUCAGGUGGAAGUUUAUUCAACAGCUGGUUGAUGCUUUUUGGAAGAGAUGGAUCAGAGAUUAUUUCCCCACUCUAAUUGUUAGACAGAAGUGGCAUACAAACAGGAGGAAUCUGAAACGGGGUGAUCUGGUUUUAGUUCAGGACGCCAACUUGAUUCGGGGGAAAUGGAAGCUUGCCCAAGUUGCUGAGGCAGAGCCAGGAACAGACGGAAAGGUUCGAGAUGUUACAGUGCGAUACAAAAAUGUAGGUCCCGGCGCAAGCUAUACUGGAUGUACUGACACUAUCAUUCGUAGAUCCGUCCAUCGACUUGUUGUAAUACUACCUACUGAUGAAUGUGAUUAGUUGUGGACUGAUUAAGAAACUAGUUGGGGUAGUGUAUCGUCAACGAUAUUGUAAACUUUCCGGAAAUAUUAUAGUUGGCCACUAUUUUGUUACUUAUUUUACCGGAAGUGUGUUUGUUUUGGAACGGCAUGCAUGGAUAGAUAAUCCCACGUUUUGUUUAGUACGUUAUAGCUCAAUAAUGUUGGACCCAUCAAUGUGUUGAAACACUGGAAUAAAUGGUUACAACAGA